AUGUCUACUAAACCCAUCUUCGUGGCAACGCACCCUCGUGCUUGCUCUACGGCUUUUGAACGAGUCUUCAUGACUCAACGCUCCACCAUCCAGUGUAUCCAUGAGCCUUUCGGUGAUGCCUUCUACUAUGGCCCGGAGCGUCUCUCCGACCGUUUCGAAGACGACGAACAAGCUCGCCUGGACAGCGGCUUCAGCCAGUCGACAUAUCUUACCGUGUUGGAGAGAAUUGAACGAGAAGCAUCCGAGGGCAAGAGAAUCUUCAUCAAGGACAUCGACCACUACCUCCUCCCACCAAAUGAACUACCGGCAAGCGUGGCCCCGUCCCUUCACCGCAUCAAGCGCGGCGUCGGCACCAACGGCACCAACGGCGAAGUCCAGGCCAACGGCGUGAACGGCGAUGUCAACGGACACGCCCACGCCAACGGCCACACCGCGACCAACGGUGUCACACCCGACACCAACGGCGCGGUGAGCAACGGCAGCACCAACGGCGUCACCAACGGCACCAAUGGCACUGCCACAAACGGGCACACCAACGGACACAGUAAUGGCCACACCAACGGCCACGCCUCCGUCCGACCGUACCCGUACAACACGCCCGCAGAGACAGGCAAUCCAACCGUCAUGCCUCGAGCCCUGCAAGAGCGUUUCCACUGGGCUUUCCUAAUCCGCGACCCGCACUUCAUGACGGGCUUUUAUAAUUACUCGCCGUUGGAAGCUGGGUACGACGAGCUGCGCCGGCACUUCGAUUAUCUUCGGAGGGAGGGACUUGUUGGACCACGGGUGGCGACGAGGUCUGAUAUCAGCGUUGAAGAUGAGGCGAAGACUAAGAAGACCACUGAUGAGAUCUGUGUCGUUGAUGCGGAUGAUAUGCUCGAUGCACCGGCUGCGACUAUCGAGGCGUUCUGCAAUAGUGUCGGCUUACCUUAUACGCCUGACAUGUUGAUUUGGGAUACUCCGGAGGAUUAUAAGGUUGCCUGUGAUGCAUUUGAGAAGUGGCGUGGUUUCCACAAUGAUGCUAUCGAGUCGAGUAGUCUGGUUGCGAGAACUCAUAAACAUGCUCGCAAGACGGAGGAGCAGUUCGAUGAGGACUGGCGCAAGAAGUAUGGACCUGAGGCUGCGGCUAUGAUCCGCAAGACGGUUGAUGCCAACAUGGAGGACUAUCUUUAUAUGAAGCAGUUCGCCGUCAAGGUCUAA